GGGGCGGCUGCGGCCAUGACGCAGGGUCCGGGCGGGCGCGCGCCCCCCGCACCUCCUGCGCCCCCGGAGCCCGAAGCGCCCACCACCUUCUGCGCGCUGCUGCCGCGCAUGCCGCAAUGGAAGUUUGCGGCUCCGGCCGGCUUCCUGGGCCGCGGCCCGGCUGCGUCGCGGGCGGCGGGGGGCGCGGGGGCCGCAGGAGGCGCCGAUCCCCAGCCGGAGCAGGCCGGCCCGGCUAGCGUCCCUGCUCUGGCGGCCGCGGUCCUGGGUGCCUGCGAACCGCGCUGCGCCGCGCCCUGCCCCCUGCCGGCUCUCAGCCGCUGCCGAACUGCUGGGACGCGGGGAUCUCGGGGCACGCGGGGGGCCGCCGGGCCCCCAGACUCCGUCGCCGACGAGUGGAUCCGCAAAGGCAGCUUCAUCCACAAGCCGGCGCACGGCUGGUUACACCCAGAUGCCAGGGUCCUGGGGCCGGGGGUCUCCUACAUCGUUCGGUACAUGGGCUGCAUCGAGGUCCUACGCUCCAUGCGCUCCCUGGACUUCAACACUCGUACCCAGGUCACCAGGGAGGCCAUCAACCGGCUCCACGAGGCUGUGCCCGGAGUCCGGGGCUCCUGGAAGAAGAAGGCCCCCAACAAGGCGCUGGCCUCCAUCCUGGGCAAGAGCAACCUGCGCUUUGCCGGCAUGAGCAUUGCUGUCAGCAUCUCUACCGAUGGCCUCAACCUCUCCGUGCCUGCCACGCGCCAGGUCAUCGCCAACCACCACAUGCAGUCCAUCUCCUUCGCAUCGGGCGGCGACACGGACAUGACGGAUUAUGUGGCCUAUGUCGCCAAGGACCCCAUCAACCAGAGAGCCUGCCACAUCCUGGAGUGCUGCGAGGGCCUCGCCCAGAGCGUCAUCAGCACUGUGGGCCAAGCCUUUGAGCUGCGCUUCAAACAGUACCUGCACAGCCCCCCCAAGGUUGUCGUCCCCCCUGAAAGGCUGACCGGGUUGGAGGAGUCGGCGUGGGGGGACGAGGAGGACACGGAACACAAUUACUACAAUAGCAUCCCGGGGAAGGAGCUGCCCUUGGGCGGGCUGGUGGACUCCAGGCUCGCCUUGACACAACCUUGCGCCCUUGGGGCCCUAGGAGCCCUUAGCCAGGGAGCGUCCCCUCCUCAGAGAGACACCCGAGGCCUGCACUGGGAGCUGGGCCCCUCAGCCCCACCGGGGGAUGGCUACGUGCAGGCGGACGCCCAGGGGCCCCGAGAUUACGAGGACCACCUGUACGUCAACACGCAGGGUCUGGACACACUGGAGCUUCUGCAGCCCGAGGACAGCCCCAAGAAGGACCUGUUCGACAUGCGACCCUUCGAGGAUGCUCUGAAGCUGCAUGAGUGCUCUGUGGCGGCAGGCGCGGCGGCCCCCCUUCCUUUGGAGGACCAGUGGCCCAGUCCCCCCACCCGCAGGGCCCCCAUCGCCCCCACAGAGGAGCAGCUGCGUCAGGAGCCUUGGUACCACGGCCAGAUGAGCCGUCGGGCGGCGGAGAAACUGCUGCGAGCCGACGGGGACUUCCUUGUGCGCGACAGCGUCACCAACCCCGGGCAGUACGUCCUCACAGGCAUGCACGCGGGGCAGCCCAAGCACCUGCUGCUUGUGGACCCUGAGGGCGUGGUGCGGACGAAGGACGUGCUGUUCGAGAGCAUCAGCCACCUGAUCGACUAUCACCUGCAGAACGGGCAGCCCAUUGUGGCUGCUGAGAGUGAGCUGCACUUGCGUGGCAUGGUCAAGCGGGAGCCCUGAGCCAGGUGAUGGUUCUCACUCCCGGCUCCUGUCCCUGCUCCCCAGACGUCCUUGUUGUGUGGCCUUACAGCCUUUCUCAGGACCCUGGUCAGACCUAACGGCCGCCGCCUCGCCUUCCUCCACACGGGCCUCCAAUCUCCCCUCUCCAGCCCCCUCUUGGCCGGGCCAGGUCAAUCACGCCAGGAAAUGGGGGCCCAAGACCCUUCUCUCCCACCAAGCCCCCCCGCCUCCUCCCUUCUGCCUGAAGUGAGGUUGUACGUACCAAAGACAGAACCGUUUCUCGCCUUUAACGAAAAUAUAUCAAAAAGCAGCCCUUGGUGCCCUGGUGAGGGCCUGGUGGGGUUGGAUUUCAGCUCAUCUCUCAGGAAGGGGGAGUUCCCAGGUCGCUGGCCUGGAGCUGGGGUCCCGUCCUGGCCGGGCUCUGUGUUCCCACCUAAAAAGAAUUGGUGCCUCGUUUUGGAGGGAGAAUCGAGGUGCUUUGGGUCCUCAGGACAGGACACGUGCUGAUGUGGAAAUGGGGGGCAGCCUCGGGAGUGCUGACCUGGACUGGACGUUUGGAAUCUGUUUGUAAUUAAGUCUGGGAAUGACCACAAGGAGCACAAGCUCACUGGACUUUAAAGGGCCCUCUUCGGUGUCGUGGGGGGUGGCCGAAAUCAGUUUGCACAGUGGAAAGCCAGGUGGCACCAGAUUUGGCCUCCUGGGGGCUGGAAGAGGUGGGGGCCCAGGGGCCUGGAGGUGGAGAGAAGGGGGCUGCCUGUGGGUGUGCCCCUAGUGGGGGGAGUGUUUGCAGGGGGGUCUGCUCUCCCAGAAUCCACCAACAUCUCGAAGAACCUCUGUUUUUAGAGAUAAAGUAUACCCUAACUCCUCUAUUAA